AUGGCGUCCAAUUCCGCGGACCCUUCCCCGCGCUCAUGGUCGGCUCCCUCACCAGCAGCCAAUGGCCCUGCGCCGGUCGAGCCGGACCUUGAGCGCGAGAUCUGUGCAGCCUUUCCGUCCCCCGUCCCCGUGACCUUUCCCUUUCGGACACGCGAGCUUCCCCGUAUUUCCGCCGAUGACCAAGACAAGUUGAUGCGCCAUAUGCAGGCCGGUCGCCCCGUCGUCAUCACCAACUCAUCCCUUUGUGCCCCAGCCGCACGCUGGGACCUGGCGUACCUGGGCAAGCACAUGGGUAGCGGGCCCUGCCACGUGUACACGGGGCCCAGUCCGACUUUCAGGGACUUUGACCCUGCAAAGAAUCAAGGCGGGUACCACUUUGAUACCCCCAUCACCUCUUCCCAACGCACUUUUGCGCGAUUCAUCGAUAUGCUCCGCAAAGCCGGCGGCCAGAACAAGUUUCACUAUCUUCAGCAGGCCUUGAAUGACACAGUUGGGGCUCGCCUGGUUCAAGAUUACCUCGGUUUUGACUGGGAGUGGCUCAGGUCCAUCGUGGUAGCUCUCAAGUGGGGCGCACUCAACUCCAACACGCUCUUUGUUGGACCCCCCGGUGUGCACACCCCCAUGCACUACGAUGAAUACCAAAAUCUCUUUGCUCAGUUGCAAGGAUCCAAGCAAUGCACUCUGGUUCCGCCUUCCCAGUUUGAGGCCAUGCGCGCAUACCGGUUUGUCCCCUCUGCUUAUCGGCUUCUUUGA